CCGCGAUGCCACUGGAGGGGUCUGUUGAUAAAUUGGAGAAGCAUGUGAUGGGAGUGUGGCAGUGAUCCUGAGCACGCAGAGUUGCUGACCUCCAACAACGCACUUUAUCGGCACUUCAUGGCAGGCCUUAAGACCGUAAUUUUGCUUUCAUUUGUUCUGGCGUUUGGUUUUCUGUCCCUCAUCCUAUCGUGCGCGCUCUGGAACAACUGGCUUCCAAUAUUAGUGGCGCUUAUAUUCUUCCUGGCGCCCUUUCCGAAUGCUCUCGCCUCAGCAUGCACCCGGUCAUCCGACUUUUCCGCCGAAUAUGAUAACACAUCCCCCAUCAUUGAUUUUGGCAGGUUUACUACCUCCAUUAUGGUAGCCACUGGAUUUGCACUGCCUAUCGUCCUGGCACACUCCCAAAUCAUCCACCCAUGGGCCUCUUUCAUGUCAAUAUUCGGCGGUGCACUGGUGUACGGGACAAUUAUGGCAUAUGCUGCAGUAUUCAAACAAGACAACGAUGAGUUCUGAGUCAUCAUGGAGCCUGGGCGUUGUUCAAUAUAUAUAUAUUCUGCUCGCGCGCCCGCGGUUUGACUGUAUUCUUCCCGGCAGAUAGCAGUGUAUAACUGCAUGUAUGUAUUGAGUGCUCCCCCAAGGACAAACACAAUUGUGUCAUGGGCUAAAAGGGUUGGCACUAUCUAAGCCAUCGGUAGGCG